ACAAGCCCUGAUGUCAAUUGCCACGAAAUAUCAUCAAGUGAUAUUAUAAAGAAAAACUGUAAUUUGCAAUUUAGUAAGUGUGCUUGUGUAUAUCAGUGCAUCACUUGGUUAAUCAAAAAGAUCAUAGCUUUUCAAGCAUGGAUUUAGCUAAUGAAAUAUAUUAAAAGGCCAUAUCUUAUGUUGAUUACAUGAAAGAUAAUACAUAGAAACGACAGCUGUUUUAUGUUAUGCAUGAGAAAUUAACCUUGUACUAUGUUUACUGACACUACUCUUUUUAAUUGCAUUCCCAAUGCUAACUACGGUUUUUGGGUUAUUUUGAUUACCAUAGCAACAAACGAUUCAUUGUAACUUAUGGGUGUAUUCAUUCUAAAUGUAAUAAGUUGUUAGCUGAGUCGAGGGCAGUCGCGAUUACUAGCGAAGAGACGUUUGAUUUUUGAUUCGAUAGCUGAAAUUUGGUAUCUGUACAGCGGAUGGGAUACAGGUUUGUUUAACAAAAAUAUACAAUACAGAUGAAAAACGAAAGAAAAUUUAAAUUUUCUGGUCUAUGACUUCUUCAAAUGCAUGUUUCCAUCACUUGUACCCAAUUUAUGAAGUCGGAACACCUUCACGAGAUCAGUUCGUUUUUGGCUCCUAAUGUUCGGUGUCCAAUACGCUACCCAGACCAUUUACCACAAGUCAUUCUUGUAAUUAAUUCAACAAUCUGACUGGUAUCUAGUAAAUCUUUGUAUUAUCGACAAAUUGAGUGAAGACACAUAAACAUCCAAACAAAUGAGAUGAACGCUUUUAAUGUGGUGUAGAUUUUUGUGAAUGCGUGCAGAUUUUUGUCAAAAUAAAGGAAACAGCGGAGUUUUUGAUUCAAUUGAUUUUUGCAACGUAAAAACAUAAAACACAAAUACAGGUGGCUUCAACCACAGGUUGCUGUUAAUCACAAAGGAUCUCUUUAAAGAAAAGAAGGAAUUGCGAAAAAAAUCGAACAAAAUUUUUAAAAUACGCUGGAUUGAUUGGAUAAAGCCCAAAAGAAGGAUGGAAAAUUCUCCAGAGCCAACUCCACAUUGGGGCGAUUCAGUGAGACGAUGGGGUGCGUUAUGGGACAUACAUAUAAACGUAAUUGGAGCUUUAUUCAUUGCGAUCGCCUUCUGGAAUGCCAUCUCUUUACUUUUGCAUGUUUUGGAGAGGAAGGCAACAUCUAGACGAAUCUUUAAAUGCUACUCAACUAUCAACUUUCUGCUGUUGUUCUUUAAUUUCAUCAGAGGCUUGAGCUUACUGGUAAAUCCAUACAACUCAAAUGUACACCAUUUGAAGCUAUCACAAGGAAUUUCGUUUCUUUUUUGGGGUAUGACAGUGCCAUGUUUUACUGCUUCUUUCAUGCUUAUGAACAUGGCUCUACUUGAUGCAACGAAGAUGCAACUCUACUCAAAAAAGCUACAAAACAUGAAACUAAUCCUUUGCAUUGUUUCGUUUAAUUUUGUUCUGGUAAUAAGUGUUGACGUCACAUCAAUACUAAGACCAAGUCUUUAUUUCAUACUGUACGUUUGUCAGGUGUUCUUCAUGCUGUUUGGGGUAGCAGUGGCGGGGACAAUGAUCUUUACGGGGUACAGUGUAUUGAACAAGGUUAGAGAAAGCGAAAGGCAACUUCGCUCAUUUAACAAUAAUGUGAUUGUGAACAAGACAGCUGAAUUGGGCCAUGAUAUCAACUUGCAAAGCCCGAGCACUUCUGGUAACAUAAGACAGGACAAAGAUGCAAAGAUUGAUGUUCCAGGGAGACAAGCCUUAACAAAAAUCAGUGCGGAGCCAAUGCCAAAACAGAAAUCUUCAAAUGAGACAUCUUGGAAAUCAAAGAAAUUUAGACGCUCAACGAAAAGAUUUACAAUGAUAAGCAUAAUCAUUUCAGUAGCAGCUAUCUUGUACAGCCUCAUCCAGAUAUAUUCCUUCAUAGCAAUUUACGAUUUCAACGACCCGAGCAAACCAAUAAAUCCAUGGCAUUGGAUUGCAUACCAGACAACUGCACGUCUUCUCGAGGUAACUAUGAGCAUCUGUGUGUCUUUUGUCGUCCGUUCAAAACGUAACAUAUUGCCAUGCCACAACCCGCACCAAACAUAGCCAGAAUACCCCACGUACAAAGACUUAUCAGAAAAUAAACAAAAAAUGUACAGUGUUCAUUUCCAGAAGCCAUGGCAACCGCAGUUGCUACGAAUCUUGAAAUAGCCUUUCCAAAGACACUGCAAAGGGACACCAGAAAGCUUAACCAAAGCUUGCAUAGCACGAUAAGCAGAGCAAAGUUAGUAUUGUUUACUAAAGGGAGGUUCCUUCUACUUCCAUUAUUGACCUCUGUCCACUUCCUUUUUUCUUAAUUAAGCUCUGCACAAGCAGGCACAAGAAUUAAAGACGACAUAUCGUGGACAGAUUUUGUAGAAUUCCUGACAUGAUUAUUCGUGUAAUUGCGAUAAUUGUUGAAAAUAAAGGUGAUUAAAUAAAAAUGACAAACACAAACUAGUGAAAGAUGUGAUAAAAUAAAUUAAAAAAUAAAAACAAGAAAAAUUAUUAUUAUCUUCCAUGAAAAUUAAGACCAAGUUAAAGUUGCUGCUAUAAUUGUGAGAAAUUGUUGAUGUACAUAUAAGAAUUUAUGAAAUAUAAAGAAGAGCUUUUUUAACGUGUUACUCGCUGGUACACAAUUCACAAUGACUUUGAUUAGCAAAGAUCAACCUUGUUCAUACUUGCAUGGAGGAACACCCCUAUUGCUUGUUUAGUAAAAGUUUAAAUCAAAUAUCUGAUGACAGGAAUUUCUUAUUCUGCCUUUUAUCAACUAUAUUACUGCAAUAUGUGGACGAUGAUAAAAAGAAACUGACAAGACAAAUCAAUUCGAAGACAAAGCAGUGUUUAAUCAGAACAAAUUAUGAUUGUGGCUAGGCCAUGCUAUUCUAGUUAAAGAACGUUUGGAGACGAGCAACACGCAUCUUUAUCUAGGCGAAAUUUAAGCCCCGGCCAAACGACUCAACAAAGUUGAGUCAACAAAGUUGAGUUACAUGUUGAGUUAAAGGUUGAGUCGUUUGGCCACCUUGUUGAGCGUUGUUGAGCGAUGUUGAGCGUUGUUGAGUGAAGUUUGAUCUUGGUCAAAAAUGUUGAGUGAAUUUCUAUUGUUCUGAUCUGAGGUGUUGUUGAGCGAUGUUGAGUCGUUUGGCCAGGCACUUAACAAAGUUUAACGCGCGCACGCGCAGAAAUUCUGUUUUAAACCUUGGCGCCAAACGCACUGACACUAAGUUUCUGCGUAUGCGAAGAAUGGAUGCUGAUGAGAAAAGAAAGCGACGUUGUGACGAUGAGAUAGAUCGGAUCACAGUCACUGAUGAGGGUGAUUUGGAGGAUUCUGAUCCUUGCGAAUCAAUUUGCAGUGGGGAAGAAAGAUGGCCUAGUAGACCGUAUAUCAGUGAAGACGAUAAGGCCCUGGCUACAAUGAACAAGGUUUUCACAAAGGCAAAGAGAGUCACAAAGACAUCAACACCGAUUCACAGAAAUAAGAGCAUAAUAAAGAAAAAGAAGUUCUCCUUGUAUGCAGUUGUGUCCUCAAUACUCAACUCCCUUAUUAUGUUGUUGCAAAACCCUUUAUCUUCCCGCCUGCGCACCCAUUCUCUCGUUUUUCCUCUUUUGGCAGGCCCUUCAUCUUCAUUAGUAAGCUCCAUGAUAGCUAUGAUGGCAGCUAUUUUACGUUUGCUGACACCAUGGUCCCCAGCUGUAGCCAUUUUCCUUGUAUGUUGUAAAUAACUUUUAUUUUGAUUUGAAAGCUGAGUUCCAGACUAAGUUCAAAGCCUCAACCGCGCUCGCAAUUCGGAAUGUUGAGUCAAAUGUUGAAUGAAAAGUUCAGUCGUUUGGCCACCCCGAACUCAACAACGCUGAACAGCAUUCAACAUUGUUCAGCGAAAUGUUGAGUGAAAAGUUGAGUCGUUUGGCCAGGGCUUUAUACUGUUGGCUAAAACAGUUCAGGCAUUAAUCGUAGGGCGAUGCAUAAUAGCGUAAAGAGUUUUAUCACGCUGGAUAUGUCCCUUAAAAAAACUCCUGAUGUUAUGGUCCCUAUAUCAAAGCUUCAAUUAAAGUUGUGUUUUCCAAUUAACGUUUCAAUAACACAACAUAUGCUUAACCCAAUUAUUAAAAUGACACAAAAAGAAGAUUAUUCUCGUAGGACUCUUAGAAACCAGCAUUUUUUUUAUUGCUGUCAUGACACAUUUUAUUUUUGCUGUCAUACAGCCAACAAAACCACUGAAAAUCCUUCUGCAAUGCCCCCAUUUUCAUAUUAAACUUGUCACCAAUAAUGAUGUGUCAUUGAUGAAAAGCAUUGAAAUCAUCCUUCUUAAAU